AUGCAAGCUCAUUUCAUACCACUCAUUCUCUUCGCCUUCUCUUUGACGGUAAGUGCAUUGCCCGGCGUUCAAGAAGAAAUGCAAAUGAGAAGAGCUGCGAUUAAAGAAGGGCACAAGAAUCUUGAAAUCCAAAAAUCGCGAAGCGCAGUGCUGGAACAGAAACAUGAGCAAUUCGAUAGCGAAUGGAGAGAAGUCAAAAAGGGCCACUCAACUCGUAAAGAUUGGGAAGAAAAGCUCGGUGAACGAAAAAAGGUUGAUGCAAACAUUAGAGCUCACGAACUCGCGGGCAAGCUUAUCAUGAGAAAAGAUGUGCACGUAGGACAAGCAAUGUUGGAGAGAGCGAGUGGGACUCUGAAAUCAAAGCAACAAGAGAUUCAAAAAGAAAUGAAUGCCAUCAAGGAGAAAGGACACCAUGAUCCAGAAUUGGUGAAAGCCCAUGAACAACAACACAGCAAAGAUGAAGUCAAGAUAUGCCAUGCAAAGAACGAUUGUCACUUUGCUAUCAUGCAACAGGACAAAGCAAUUGAUGCGCACACAGACGCUUUAUAUAAAGCCUACACAAAAAACCAACGUUCAAAGUAUAAUCCAGCUAAAAUUGCGGAAUCAAUCAAAGAUCGCAUGGCGUACGCUCAGCUGCGCAUCAAACCUCGACGCAAAGCGACCUGA